AAAAUAAUUGUUAUCCUAGGCUUCUAAAAAGAAAAAAAAUGAAAAGAUGAGUGGACUGUUAAACGAUAUCCAGCGCAUCAUCGGUGAUCUGCAGUCUGGAAAGCCGGCGUGUCGGAACAAGGCCAUCGAACAACUGGACGAAAAGCUCUCCCACUGUAGGGAGGAUCUGAAUUGCUUGUUCCUGAGCAAAAGAUGUGAUCUGUCUUGGACAGCUGCAUUUGAAUCAGUGAAGGAGGCUCUUUUCAAACACUCAGGGUCCCUGGAGGAUGCGAAUGAGAAGUCUAUCAAGACAUUGGCGGGAAAAAACUAUCUAUUCGACAAUGUGCUUGAAAAGAUAACACAAUUUAACUUGGAAGCUGGAAUGCAUGCUAGCGGAAAUGGACACUUUCUGGCCAAGUCAACAAUCUUCAAUGCAUUCGAGGAGGGUAUCAAAAUGAGGGUGGUGGUCAAGUUCUUUGGAGACCGCAUCCUCAGCCUGCUGGACAGGGGAAUUUAUUCCUCAGACAGCUAUGUUCGAGAUCUAAAGAUUAACGAGUACAGCCGCAUUCUCUCCUACUUGUUCGAGCUGAAUGUUGAAAGGGACGAAGUUCUAAGUACCAAGAUACUAAAAUGCAUCACAAAGACAGUCACAUUGGCCAAGGAACGGGUUCAACUGCAUGGAGAUCUAGUCGAAUAUCUGCCGGAGCUCAGCAACUUUGCUCGAUCCGCACAUGGAGCCAGAAAAACUGAGAUUGUCCGCCUAUACUUAAUAUUCGCCUCGGAGCUCUCUGUUAACUGUCAUUACCAAUUGAGCAUUCACGCGCAGGAGAUCCUGCCCAAGCUGUGCGAGUUUCACGACGAAGAUGUCUUCCGGGACGAUACCAGAAAUUUGUUCUUCCAGUGUAUCACAAUGUCUCUACAAUCGUUGUACCCCAAGUUGAACAUGUGCGAUUUUAAUACUUUUGGUGUUCCCGUUGAUAAAAAGUGGUCGCAAACUCUGUUGCGACUAAAAACUAUUGUUAAUGUGGAGAUUCGUAAGAACUUAUUGGCUCGGUACAAGACCGCGCAACUCAGCAAUUACAAAUUCUCCGAAGCCUUUAUCAAAAUGUCUGCCUUGGUCAUGUAUAUCGUCCUGUGGCACUUGGAGACCAAAAAGAACGAUGAAAAUGAAGAAGGAGAUGCGCCAAAGAAGGUCCCGAAGCCUGCGGAUAAAAUGGAUAUUAUAUUUAACCUGAUUAACAAAAAGGAAAACACUUUUAAUGACGUCUGGUUUGCGAUCUUCGCAGAGAUACUCCAGCUAAGCAGUGUGAUUUUAAAUGUGGCCAAUUACCAGCAGGCGCUAACUACAGUGACAGAAAUAAUGCAAAUUUACGGCAAUGCCAGAAACUUGCAAAAUCUUGGAUUAUGUAUAAAAAGUCUUCUGGCCAAAGAACAAGAACUUUUACAAACGAAGUCCAUAAGGGAGGAUUUUCUGAGCGAACUUUGGAUCCAAAUGGCAAACCAUCUGAUAUUAGAAACAACAACUAACAGUGAAGAGAUUAGGGAAAAGCAAUUGGUGCUUCAGAUGCUAAUCAGAUACAACAAACUUAAUCAGAAGAUGGCUAGUACUCUGUUGCACAAUAUCACCUCUAAUGAGAUGUUGAAACGCAACGAAUGCAUAUCCACAGUUCGUGAAAUCUUUGUUCAUGCAGACAAAUGUGGUCUGGAUAAAACCUCUGCGGAUCUAGAGCCUAUCAUAUCGUGGGCUUACGGCAAUGGGGACCGCAACAGCGCCGCUCAGUUGAUACACAAUAUAGGCAGUAUAGAUGCUCGGCUACAGGCAGACACUUUUGCGAUCAGUAUCAUCAACUUUCUAGAUGAACAGCAGCUACAAGAGAUCUCCCGCCCAAAACCUGCGGUUGUUUCCACCGAUCAAAAUCUCUUGGCCUACAAGUACAACAAGCAACUGAUCUGCCUUGACAAGGGCUACUCUGCUCCAUUUUUGUCAAAAGCUCAGCUGCCAAGUGAAACAAAGAAUUGUUUGAUUCAAACAAAUUAUGAAUGCCUGAUGCGCGGUCUUAAUUUUCAGAUCUCCGAGGAAAACAAUCCAGCUGCUAUAUUGAAAAAUCUUAACAGUCUUCUAAGAUUGACUUGCACAAUGGAAAGACUUUUGUAUUACAAAGUGUUUGAUGCGGAAAACAAUUCUAGCUGUCCCUUGAUUAAAAGAAUUGGUCUGUAUCUUAGUCACAUCGAGUUCCAGUUCAAGGCGAACAGCUCUGAGAUGGUUGAUGAAAGCGAUUUACGAGAGAUUUUACGGCUAGAAAUAUCUUUACUCGAUGUUUUUAAAACAAAUGUGAUUUUACUUAAUUAUUUGGAAAGGCAACCCAUAGAAAUGUUGAUGGAAUUCGUUGGCGCUGCGCUUAAAAUGCAUUGCAUGCAAAGGGAGCGCUCAGAAAAUGAUGAUCACACGUCAAUUACCGCUCAGUGCCUUAAUAUAUUGGCUGGCCUCUGUGCCUGCAGUACGCAUCGGGAUGAUGCAUUUGAGCAUAUAACCAAGGUGACAAUGAUUUGGCAUCCCCAAGAUGUACUUAUUGUGACCAAGAUGUUAUGCAGCUGCCAGACCAUUUCUGAUGCAUCCAGCACUUGGCUAGUGAGCAAACUGAAGACACUUUUUCAACAUCACUAUCAGGACUUGGAUGUGAUCGAUAAAGUGGUGGAGCACAUGCCCACGAUUUUCCACUUUGUGUGCAGAGUAGAAUAUCACUUGGAGGAUAUGCUUAUGGCCCUUAACUCCCUGCUUAGGAUUGCCCUUAAGAAAUCAUACACAUCCCAUUUAACAGCGAAAAUUGUGCGUUGCGUGGGAUUGAUUGCUCAGCAAUGUCCGGAUAUUUACCUGCUAGAGAACUUUACUGUGAUAUGCAAAUCCACUGCAAAAUUCAUCACCAUGCCUACCUUGGAAGUGCGUUUCGCUACGCUCUUCACUUUCACAAUUCUCCUGAACACGAACUGUGUUACUAGUGAUGCCAUUGGACAUUCUCAAGCCCAUUGGGAUUUUUGUAAGGAGCUGUACGACAGCAUCGAGUUCAAGAAACUCACUUACAACAAUGAAGAUGCCACCCAAAACAGCAAUGCGUUAGUAGUUCAAAUGCUGAUCGCCUUCUUCGUACGGAGCUCAUUCCAUCAAGAGAUUGUAUUGAAGCAGCUCCUUCAUCAUUGUGCGCUUCACAGGCUAACUGAAACGGAGUUUGUUGCACUGCAAAAUAUUGUUCCGUGCUAUGGGCAAACUGUGUGUGAUCUUAUUCAACCCUUUGCCGGUGUACUGCUUCAUCAUUGGAGCUCCCAACGCUGGCCUCUUUCCAAGUUUCCAUACUUUCUUUGUUAUGGAAGGAAGAGCGAAUUUCGCAAAGCUCAUGCUAAUAACAUUAUGGCUUAUACAUUCCUCUACGGAAAAACAGAGGAUAUUGAAAAAUGCAGUAAAUCAAUUAGCGAGGAGGUGGCUCUUCCGAUAGUGGCAUCAUUUUUAUUGCCCAAGAACUGUUUCUGCAGCGAAAGCGAGGGCAAGGACUUUAAAGAUCACCAGCAGCUGUUAUCGGAAAAUCUUAGUUAUUCCCAACUAAAUGCCACCGAUGUAGAUCUUAAUGUGGACACCCUCUGUUCUGUUAUAAGCUUCCUGCAUGAUCCACAGGAACUACAGAGAUUGUUUGGUUCCUUUGCGCCGUGCUGCAGAGCUAGCAGCUGGUAUAGUCUAACUGGAGUGUCGCUCUUUGAUUGUCUUAACUUUUAUAUUGACCCUAAAAAAAAAUUAUCAGGCGACAGUCGAGUUUAUUCAAUGAUCACACUUCAAGUGAAACAUUCUCGUAUAUUGGUUGAUCUAUUUGCCCAUCUUAAAGCAAAUUGCUUUACUGCCUCAUUUUCCAGUCAGGCGUUGCGUAAUUUUUUUCUGUAUUGCGAAAUUGCAGAUGCUGUUUAUGACGCGGCCAAACAAAAUGAGACCUCUGUUAUCCAGUGUUCCUACUUUGUCCGCGAUAUUUGGUUCUUCGUUGUUCGGUUCCUGCAGCACACCAAGUCUAGCCGGGUCCAAAUGUGUGCUCUGACCUUCCUUGAACUGUUGUUGAAUAAACCCAGCUUCGCCUCUCAUGAUUUUCUAAGCCACUUGGGAGAGAUUGCUAAACUAUUAAGCAGUUUUCAACUCGGCUGUGAAUUGAAAGAAGCUAAGGAAAAGGCCAGUGCAAUUGUAAUACAAAUUUUGGAACUAAGCAAAGGUCAGAUGAACCUAAACUCAUUUCUCGAAGAGACCACGGAUUGCGAAUUUCUUAAACCUCUGCGAGAAGAGUUCAAGGCCAAUCUGCCCAACAUUAAUAAGGAGGAUGUCGCAAACUAUUUGCGUUCAUUUCUGACAAGUCCAACUGCAGAGAGAUUGCGGGAUCUCAGGGAAUAUAUUGCCGAGCACAAGGACAAAUUGCAAGAAAAUGAAAAUCUAUUAUUUGAUGUUAUUAACAAGCUUAUUCAAAUGACAAGAGAUUCGAAUAAUAAACGGAGCAGCAGCCUAGAUGCCCUUAAGUGUCUCGCUCAAAUUGGGCCGCUUAAAUUUUCUAAAAUUUCUUACUAUUUCCAAACUGAUUUUGAAUCGUUUGAGAAGUCAGAUGAAGAGCCCAUGGAAGUGUUCUUAAGCGUUAUCUGUCAGACCUUGGAGAAAUCAUUAUUCCAUUUCGAUCCCAAAACUCAUGAGUCUAUUGUGUCCGUAGCUGUUCAGGUGGUUAAUAGUAAGCCCGGAACAAAUAUUUUAGGUCGCUUCAAGAAUCUACAAAUCUUCGCUAAUAAGUCUACAAAAUCAGCUUUUUUGAAUUCUUACAAGCAAAUUCCUAGCAUUGAUUGGCUGUCAACACUCAAAGCCACGCAAAGCCUAAACUACGAGUCUUGGAUGUGUGCCUUUCUCUCAAAAGUCUUCCAAUUGUGUGGCUGGCAGGGAUUCGAUGAUUUGGCUGCCAAAUCUUUUGCUUUUGCCAAGACCUGUCUGCAGCCUUUCAUUAGAUUACUGCUAGAAAACCAUGAGCAUCAUGUGGAAAGUCUGUGCCAAAUGUUGGAUUACUUUUUCAAGGGUUUCGCAAGCUCAAUGUCAGUCUCCCAGGAUAUCUACCACAAUAAAAGAGCCAUCAAGCGCUUCUUGCACAUCUGCGAAAGCAUACGGAUCGUUAAUAAUUGGAGCAUUCCCGUAAAUCUGAGCAAUGUGAUUAUGGCCAGUAAUCACUGCCAGGCCUAUUUCCUUAGCAUUAUGUACUUGGAGCUCUGGGCUUCAGACCAAUUAAAUAUCUUGGAUAAUGAAUCCUUUCAAGCUUGUGCCAAAAAGGCAUACGAAUCCAUUGGUUGUCUGGAUGCUAUUCCAGGAUUUGUUAAUCCCAUGCGUUCUCGCUUGGAUUUUCUUGGCCAGAGUAGCAAUUUAUCCACUGUUCUAUUGGAGUCGGAUCACCUGGACAGUACUAGUAGUCAACUGUGCGUAGAACUAAUGAAAGGAAAUGGUUUGUGGUCGUUUGCCAAGCUCCAGCAACACCAGAACACAGAACCUGAUUAUGAGAUCUUCUGGCGCCUUGGAGAGUGGGAUUCACUGACGGAUCCAAAGUACCGACAAAUUCAAGCAAGCGUAAAAACAUCGUUCAAUCUGGAGCAGGAAUUCAAGAGACAUCACUUCUUAGCCCUCAGGAGCAUAGGCCAGCGGGAGGAGGAGAACAGCUUGUCGGCCAUAGACAUGGCCUAUAACUGUGUUAGAGAUAUUCUGAUGGAGAACAGCGUAGAGUGCCUUCAGAGUGUGUACAAGUACCUUACUUGGCUGUGCUCCCUUCAACAGUCAGAGGAUUUUUGUCAAAUCCAAUUUGGCAGCCAAGUUGAUCAUGGUCAGCUUACCAGGCUGUUUGGCAAAUGGCAAACGGAAUUAAAUUUAAACUACGGUAAUUUUUCUUGCAAGGAAUACGUUAUUGCGCAUCAGAUUGCUCUUUUUAAGAUGGCUGGAACGAAAGCUGGUCGGAGAAUGCAAGAGUUUUACCAGACAAAUCCCAUAACCACGUACCUACUAAAAGGAAUUGAGGAGUGUAAAAGCGCUGGAAAGUUUAAUCUGGCAGCCAAGUACAUUGCUACACUGCGAGAGCUUCCCAACAUCAGAGAAUUUACAAAGAUUAGUGUUCUGCUUGAAGAUGCCGAGGUGAAUUUGAAGAUGGGCAAUCAACAAAUAGCCAAAGCCAUUCUGGAGUAUGUAACCUAUAAUAAUGAGUUUCGUUGCUGUACCCAGCGUGUUCCGGCUUUUCGGAUGCAGGGAGAGUUCCUCCUAGACUGCAAUGCCGAAACUUUAAGUUGGGUGCAGACUAACAAGUUCAAUAUUUCGCUAAAGCUGAUCGAUGACUUUUUGCUGAACCGCCAAAUGCUGAGCGAAAAGUAUCGGGAUAUCUUCGAGUGGCAUCAACUUGACGCUUUCGCCAAUAAGCACCGAACGGCUGCAUAUGCAGCGAUGGCAAAAUAUGCUGAUCGGGAGUACCAGCAGCUUUACGACUACCGGCAUUCCCAGGAGUAUCUAACGCUGCAAGAUAUAAUCGAGCAAAACCGCCAAGCUGCAGAAGGAGUAACGCAGCGCGAGAACCAAGAUCGACGCAUAAUCUCAGUGCAGAUGAAACGUUAUGCAAGCUUGGAUGAGCGUCAUCUAAAGCACAUCGAAGAGAAGAUGACAGAGCACUUGUGCCUGGGGUUGCGCAACCAUAUGGCGUUCUGUCGACUGGACAAUGGCUUUUCAAGCGCCGCCAUUUACCGCAUCAUCUCACUAUGGUUCACUAAUGCCGCCAAUGAACAGUUGCAGAAGACUAUCAAAGAAGAGAUCCUAACGGUGCCUAGUUACAAAUUUAUUUGUGCAGCCAACCAACUGACGGCGCGCCUCAACUCAAAAAACAUGGCCCUGCUUAAAGGACUUGUGGAUCUACUGGUGCACUGCGGUUCGGAUCAUCCGCAUCAAACAUUCUACCAGCUGUAUCCGCUUGUCUUUGCUCACCUUGAUGGCGAGGACAGCAAUACCGAAAGAUCGGGAAUAGCUCGAAAAAUUAUCGCUAAAAUAUGUGCCAAGAAUUCCAAGGCGUCUGAAUGCAGUAAGCAGCUGGAGUCAUUGCUGCCAGCCCUCAUCACAUUUGCCAAUGAAGGCAAGACGCACAAUAAUCAACCGGUCUCGGAUUCUGUUCGGCAAAAGCAGUUCGAGAAGGUGAGGCGCUGGCGGAAUCUUAACGCUGUGCACUGUCCCACCCUUGAGUUGCCCGUUAUGCCCAGCAAGGAGUACAAUAUUACGAGCAUCGUCAAAUGGAACAACGAAAUUACACAAUGUGGUGGACUGAAUGCGCCUGUAAAAAUAUUGUGCGUAUGUUCCGAUGGUCAGACGCGGGCACAGCUGGUUAAGGGAAAGGACGAUCUACGUCAAGACGCCGUGAUGCAGCAGGUAUUCGGUAUUGUUAACGAGUUGCUUAAUCAAGAUUCGGAGUUUAUCGAACGCAAGCUAAAGCUGCGCACCUAUAAGGUUACUCCGCUGUCCAUGCGCAGUGGCAUUCUAGAGUGGUGCACUAACUCGACACCGGUGGGUCAAUAUUUGGUUGCAGAAGGGAAAGGAGGCGCACACGCGCGAUAUCGUCCAAACGACUGGAAUAACCAAAAAUGCCGUAAAUUAUCUUCGGAUCAUCUUAAAAUGUCAAAGGAUAAACGCUAUGCGAUUUACAAAAAAAUAUGCGAGAAUAUUAAACCUGUUUUUCAUUACUUUCUGCUUGAAAAAUUCCCCAUUCCGGGCGUGUGGUUUGAGCGGCGUUUGGCUUACACCAAUAGCGUAGCUACCACCUCAAUGGUCGGCUACGUCCUUGGACUGGGUGAUCGACAUACGCAAAAUAUUCUUAUAGACCAGCAGACAGCCGAAGUCAUUCACAUUGAUUUCGGUAUUGCCUUUGAACAGGGCAAAAUCCAGACGACUCCAGAGACCGUUCCAUUCCGACUGACACGCGACUUCGUGGCACCAAUGGGAAUAUGUGGCACGAAAGGAGUUUUUGCUAAAUCCUGUGAGGCUACCAUGCACAUCCUGCGUCGUUAUAAAUCAGUUUUUACCACCAUACUGGAGGUUCUACUCUAUGAUCCCCUUUUCAUUUGGGGUGUCCUAAAAAACAAACAAUCACCUCAACAAUCCAACGAGGAAUCUGUUAAUUUAGUUGCCCAGCGUGCGCUGCUUUUGGUGCAAAACAAACUAGAGGGCAGGGAGGCCGGCACACUUGGCGACUCGAAUGUCGAGGCACAAGUGGAGCGAUUGAUCAACGAAGCCACGUUGCCAAGCAAUCUCUGUAUGCUUUUUCCGGGCUGGGACCCGCAGCUAUAGUACAUCACAUUUAUUAUCAACUCAAAUAAAAAGGUAUUCUAGCUAUCGAGGAGGGAAACGCCAAAGUGGUAUACAUUAUGAUUGCUACCAGAGAUACAAAGUUUAUUCAACGGCUAGGGAAUUUCCAAUUUAUGAGCUGGACUUUAAAGAAUGGGUCUACGAUAAUUAUUUAAACAAUUUUUUUGGAAGUAACAAGGUCAAAUUUAGCUUUGACCCACAGCAAGUGCCCAGCCUUGCAGCCUCUUGUAGUUUAUAAUCCGGCAAACCAGCCAUAAAUCAAUAAACGGUUAUAAAUAUAAGGCUUAUCUAGACCCCACAUCGAUAAUACGGUAUUUGCUGGUAGCAAAAGCCUUUGUCGAAUGGGCGCUAUCGCGAAUACCUGACCAAAUAACAGACGGAUUUAAAUGCGAAUGUGCU